AGGAGAAACUUUUCAAUCAAACAACGUUGCUGAGAAAAGCAACCAAUGAAGCACAACCAUGUCUGGCUUCAGGACACUAAAUACACUAAAGACCUGCCUCUACCCAAUGAAAAAAAGAGACCCAGAGUAUCUUAGAAACACGGGAGCCUGCAACAGGAGCUGAUCUGAGCUGAAAUCUUGUAAAACAAGCAAUUCAUGCUAAAACUUUGGAAUCGAAGAAUUCUUUCCUAGUGAUGUUUGUCAGAAGUCUGCUGCUACUGUCAGUGCUCACUGAAGGCUGGGUUCUGCCAGAUCCUUGGAAAGAACCCAACACAUCAGUGGAUCACAGCACAAAUGUCAAGAGGGUCGUGGAAAAGAUUGUCUACAAAUAUAUAACCGAUCAAUUUGAAUAUAAUGAACAGGCUUUUUGUGAGAUUUUGGACAGAUUAGGUGUUAAUGUGAUUUCCCGACCACUGAAUGUUAGAAAAGUUAAUCAACUUUCUUUUCUAAAAAUCAUGGCCAAUUCUAGUUCUAGAUGUAGGAACCAAAAACAAAUUUUUACACUCUAAUUCAAAUGUUCUUGAAAUUAAAUUAAUGUGUACUGACUAUUUUGUUUUUUGCUUGUUUGUUUGUUUUUAACCAAUAAACACAGAGCCUUCUGGUGUGC